CAGUACAUCCGGGUGACAAACGCAGCGGGAGAGAAGCGCGAAAAAACAAACCAGCAAAUGAUUCAUCCACCAGCCGUAAAAACACGAAUAAACCCUGGUUUUUAUGAUUAAUAUCGAUUUGGGUGUAGCUAAAUGAACUCGAAAUGACGGAAUUACUUUUUAACAAGAGGUUACAUGUGUUUGUGAAGAAUAGAGACACCGAUGAGAGACGUUCUUUCAUUCGUAUCAGUAUUGAACUGCAGCUAUCAUCAAAUCCUAUCCACAGAAAGGAUUUGGUUGUACGGUUGACAGAUGAUACCGAUCUCUACUUUUUAUACAACCUUGUAAUAUCAGAGGAAGAUUUUCAGAGUUUAAAGGUACAACAAGGGCUUUUGAUAGACUUCACAUCAUUCCCACAAAAAUUUAUCGACUUGCUCGAGCAGUGCAUCUCAGAACAGGACAAAGAAAACCCACGGUUUCUUCUGCAGCUCACGUCGGCUUCAUCAGCGUUCGAUCACAGUCCUUCAAACCUCAACAUUGUAGAGACCAACGCUUUUAAACACCUCACGCAUCUCUCUCUGAAACUGCUGCCGGGAUCUGAUACGGAUAUUAAGAAGUAUCUGGCCAUCUGUCUGUCCACCGUGAAGGAGGAGAAACAGCAGUUGGAACAGAAGUUGAGAAAGACUGCGGAAGAUCUGACGAGACAGCUAAAUUACGCACAGCAAACGCUGUCUGAGAAGAGUCGAGAGCUGGACAAACUGCGAUCUGAAUGGACGUCACAAACGACCUCUCUGUCCAGCAGACACAUGCAGGAUCUCUCAGCUGAGCGUGAAAAAGCUCUCGAGACACAAGCCCGUCUGCAGCAGCAGAACGAACAGCUGCGACAGGAACUGGAGUCGUCUCAUCACCGAAGCACCCAGCAGCUCCAAACCAAAGUCUCUGAGCUGGACACGGCCAACAGAGAGCUCAUCGACAAGAAAUACAAGAGCGACUCCACCAUUCGAGAUCUCAAAGCCAAACUGGCCAGCCUGGAAGAGGAGUGUCAGAGGUCCAAGCAGCAGGUUCUGGCGUUGAGGAGAGAGAACAGCACCCUGGACACUGAAUGUCACGAGAAGGAGCGUCUGCUCAACCAGCUGCAGACGCGAGUGGCCGUCUUAGAGCAGGAGAUGAAAGAUAAAGAGCAGCUGGUGCUGCGGACCAGAGAGGUGCUGGAGGCCACACAGCAGCAGAAGAACUCUGUGGAAGGAAAUGCUGAAAGUAAGAAAGUUCAGAUCAGCAAGCUGGAGGCCACGGUGAAAUCCCUGUCGGAGGAGCUCAUCAAGGCGAACGGCAUCAUCAAGAAGCUCCAGGGGGAUCUGAAGGCGCUGGUGGGGAAGAUCAAGCUGAAGAACACGGUGACGGUGUCUCAGGAGAAGAUCCUGCAGGAAACCACGGAGAAACUGCAGCGGGAGCAGCGAGAGCUGCAGGACGCCCAACAACGGCUCCGACAGAAAGAGGAAGAGGUAACCAAAUUAAAAGAACAGUUAGACGCGACCGUUCAGAAACUGGACGAGAGCAGGGAAGUGUUAAAAACCAAUGAGAACGUGAUCACUUGGCUGAACAAGCAGCUGAAUGAGAACCAGUUCUCUCAGAAGCAGGAAACUUUAGGAGUGUUCGAGACUCCUGUUGCCGGUCUGAGAACAGGAAGUGUUCCUCACAGUAUGCUUGAUAGCAAAGGUUUCCCCUCGUCUUUGGGACAGGGUUUCCCCAUCACCUCUACGAUAAACUCCAAAUAUCCUCUUCCUCUUUCCUGUGUGAGCUCAGGACCUCGCUCUGUCCUGUCAGCACACAAUCAGAUGUUUGGACCAAAGGUUCAGUUUAACCCUAUGAGUGCCAAACCGUCAGCAGCAGACGUGAGUCCCUCUUCACUCUCACAGCCCUCCAAUAAAGAGAACGGAGAACCUAUUGGUCUGGACUCCAAAUACUUUGAGAGACGAGAUGACAGCAUUCCUCUCCGCGGCCUUCUACCCAACAUGCAUCUAAACCGAGAAGUUCCUAAGACUUUGAACACGGCUGGAGCAAAGCAAACAGCGUCCACAACUUCUGCGUAUUUCCCAGGAUGACGAGCAGCAGUUUAGAUGUACUUCUCUUUAUCACUACGCUGUGUGUGAAUGCCACCUCUAAGAUGGGAAUUCAUUGCAUUCUUGUUUGUUUAAAAUUUCUUCAAUAAUUUAUUAAAACAUUUAUUUUUAAACCCAUUUUUUAAUGUGUUUACUAUGGAAGUCAGUUAUUGCUACAGAAUGAAAAAAAGGGCGGGAAAAGGGCAGAAUUGUGAGUUUUGAAAAUUGCAGGUUUUAAGAAUUUUUCUUUUCUUUUUUUAGAAUUGUGAAAAUAAGGUCUUAAUUGUCCAAUGUUUUGUUUUCACUCUUUUCACUUGCAAUUCUGGGAAGUCCAGAUUGUGUAAUUUAAAUUGUAAUGUAAAAACUGAGCUUAAAGUCGGUUACAUUUUUACUUUAAAUUUCAUAGUGGAAGCAAACAACAUAAUUGUGAAAUUUAAAAUAUGAAUCACAAGAAGAAAGAUUCUGAACUAUAGACAGGUUUUUUUUUUUAUCUUUAUUCUGUGGUUUAACUGGUUUCUAUAGUAAAAAAGAGUUUCAUUGAAUGUUUGAGACUUUGGCAAGAGCAUGGGACUAACUUUUUUACUAAUAAUGGUGCUAAGAUUUAAGUCUGUGGUCCCUUUGUCUUUUCAAUGUCCUAAACUUGAUUGUGCCAUACAUGAACUGUCUCUGAAUGAUUGAAUGAACUUUUCCUAAUCUCUCAGAUUGCUGCCUUUUCAUAUUCUCAAAUACUGCUAUUGAUGUAAUUGAUGAUUUUAAGGCUAAUAGAAGGAUUCGAGUUCUUGAUUGAUAUGAAUGGCAGUGUGUGGUUUGCUGUGUAAAACUGUAAAUAAUUAAUUUUGUGUACAUUUAUAUUUUUGUAUUUAUGGUUUACUAUAGUAUAGUAAACUUUGUAAUCUGUUUAUCAUGGAUUGCAGUUUGGCUGCUUGUUCACCAGUAGCUCAAUUUUAGGACAACCGUAAAUAAAAUCUAAUGCAGUUUGAAAAA